GAAAAAUAUUGGAAAGAUAUUUUUGAUAUUAUUUCAGUAGUUUUGCGUAUUGAUUUACCACUUCAUCCUUUUACCGCAAUUUUUGGACUACCAAUGAUAGAAUUUAGUCGUUUAUCCCCUUCAGCUUGUCGUUUGAUUGCAUUUGUUACAUUAAUAGCCAGAAGAUCCAUUUUAUUUAAAUGCAGAGAUUCUAAUCCCCCUACUACAUUACAAUGGUUUUCCCAAACUAUAACAUGUUUAAAUUUGGAAAACAUUAGGAUUGGUACCACUGAUCCUUUGGUUAAAUUUGAAGAAACUUGGAGGCCAUUUAUUCAAUAUUUUCAUAUGAUGUAAGUUGACCUUUUCCAAAUCCUUUUUAAUAACUUUUUGUUUGUGUAUAAAGGAGUGCAGUUAAUGAUAAAUAAUGAGUUUAACCAAUGAAAUAUGGCAGCCCAGCUUCUGUUUUGUUUUUUUAGUGCAGGGGGUAAAAACUUUUUUUUGAAUCUUUUUGAUGUUCAGUUAUUAAGAGAUUGGGAGGUUUAAAUUAAAUAUUUUACUCGGAGUCUAUGUCUGUAUAUGUUAAUCGUUAUUAAUGUAAUCCCGAUCUCUUUGUAUCAUUAUCAUUGUUAUGUUUAUCAAUUUGAAACUCAAUGAAAGAAAGAAAGAAAGAAAUUGGGAGAGCCAGAAGGGGCCGUGAGAAGGCCUUGGUGGACAGGAUUAAGGAAAACCCCAAGGCAUUCUACAAGUAUGUGAAGAGCAAGAGGAUAAGAUGCGAAAGAAUAGGACCAAUCAAGCGUGACAGUGGAAAAAUGUGUUUGGAACCGGAGGAGAUAGUAGAGAGGGACCAUGGCAGCAGUACAGCUUUUCAGUAAAGAAGAUGCCCAUAGGAUCGAAACAUAUCUUUCAAGAGAGAUUGAUGCUUUGAAGUUACUGGCCACUUCGCUGAGCAGAAUCAGGAAUGGGAAGUUGACUGAGACGGAUACUGCUUUGAUCCAGAUACUGGUCCAGAAAGCACACAGUGGAGCACAGGGAGCUUACGACGUGGCUUCUGGCUGCCUCAGAAAGGUUCAGUCAGUCUGUGAGAAGUUAACAGAAGAGAAAGGCCGAUUGCAAGAAGCAAUGAAAGAGAAGAAACAGCAGCUGAGCAGUUUACAAGCCCAGUUACCGAACAUUAGAAAGGAGAAGGAAGAAUAUGAAAAUCGCCUGCGUCGUUCAAGAGAGUCACUGAGAGAUGCAGAGAAAAAACUGAAGGAAGAAAGGGAAACUGAGAAGUUAAUGGAAACUGGACGGAACGUUGCCAUUGGGCUUUCAUUUAUUCCCAUUAUUGGUACAAUCCCAGGAGUUAUAACUGCCAUCGCUUGUGAAAUCGGUAGAGCCAAUGCAGAGGACAAUUGUCGAUUGAUCAGGAGACAAGUGCAAAGAGAAGAGGAGUACAUUUCAAAGUGUUCAAGGGAUCUGGAAUCCUGUAUCUCCCGCAUCAAGGAGACAAUGGAUGAGAUUGACCGUACAGUAAAAAGAAGAAAAAGUGUGGAAGAUCAACUCGAUAGCCUACACGAGCUGCUGAAAAAUCAUUUUGAAUUUGAUUCCCAGCUGAAACACGGGACAGUUGCUGUCAGUGGACUGCUUGGUAAAGUGGAAGUGUUGAAGUUUCGCAGUAAGAAAUUCUGUAACGUGGAUGCACUGGUCGUUGUUCUCAAUGACAUCAUUGCCCACAUAUUAAAGCUGCCCAACCUGCUGGAAGGGAAGGUGCUGCAGCUGGAGGCUUCCACUGUUAAGAAGCUGGAAUCUCUCAGUGGUCAGCUGAAGGCCAUUGAAUCGCAAGGUUCAGAUGUCAGUCAGUGGUGUUAAUGGCGAUGAGCACAGUAAUUGUGUACAUCGUACUGUGCUACUACAGAGAACUGAUGUGAACCAAGCUUUCUCACUCUGUCUUUUCCUAUUCCUGGCAUUUCAUUCACUCAUCUGGAGUCAAGUAGAAGAGGAACAAGCUCACUGAGUCCAAGUCACCAACAACCACCCAGUUACAUUCAAUAGGCAAUAGGUGCAGAAGUAGACCAUUCUGAGAUCAUGGCUGAUCAUCUACUAUCAAUACCCGGUUCAUGCCUUGUCCCCAUAACCCUUGAUUCCCCUAUCCAUAAGAUACCUAUCUAGCUCCUUCUUGAAAGCAUCCAGAGAAUUGACCUCCACUGCCUUCCGAGGCAGCACGUUUCACACCUCCACAACUCUCUGGGAGAAGAAGUUCCUCCUCAACUCUGUCCUAAAUGACCUACCCUUAUUCUUAAACCAUGCCCUCUGGUACUGGACUCUCCCAGCAUCUGGAACAUAUUUCCUGCCUCUAUCUUGUCCAAUCCCUUAAUAAUCUUAUAUGUCUCAAUCAGAUCCCCCCUCAAUCUCCUUAAUUCCAGCGUGUACAAGCUCAGUCUCUCUAACCUCUCUGCGUAAGACAGUCCGGACAUCCCAGGAAUUAACCUAGUGAACCUACGCUGCACCUACUCCACAGCCAGGAUGUCCUUCCUUAACCCUGGAGACCAAAACUGCACACAAUACUCCAGGUGUGGUCUCACCAGGGCCCUGUACAAAUGCAAAAGGAUUUCCUUGCUCUUGUACUCAAUUCCCUUUGUAAUAAAGGCCAGCAUUCCAUUAGCCUUCUUCACUGCCUGCUGCACUUGCUCAUUCACCUUCAGAGACUGAUAAACAAGCACUCCUAGAUCUCUUUGUAUUUCUCCCUUACCUAACUUCACACCAUUCAGAUAAUAAUCUGCCUUCCUGUUCUUGCUCCCAAAGUAAAUAACCUCACACUUAUUCACAUUAAACGCCAUCUGCCAAGUUUCUACCCACUCACCCAGCCUAUCCAAGUCACCUUGAAUGCUCCUGAAAUCUUGCUGAUGUUAUUCACAAUGCCUUCCUCUAAAUCAUUGACGUAAAUCGUAAACAGCUGUGGUCCCAAUACCGAGCCCUGUGGCAUCCCACUAGUCACCACCUGCCAUUCCAAGAAACACCCAUUCACUGCUACCCUUUGCUUUCUAUCUGCCAACCAGUUUUCUAUCCAUGUCAAUAUCCUCCCCCCAAUGCCGUGAGCUCUGAUUUUACCCACCAAUCUCCUAUGUGGUACCUUAUCAAAUGCCUUCUGAAAGUCAAGGUACACCACAUCCACUGGAUCUCCCGCGUCUAUCUUCCUGGUUACGUCCUCGAAAAACUCCAAUAGAUUAGUCAAGCAUGAUUUGCCCUUGGUAAAUCCAUGCUGGCUCGGCCCAAUCUUAUCACAUUCAUCCGGAAGUAAUCUCAUUUUUGAAUCUCUCCAUGUUCCCACCAAAUGUCUCCCUGAUUCCAAGUUUGAAGUACAUUUAUUAUCAAAGUUUGUAUAUGUUACCGUACACUGCCUUGAAUUUAAAGUCACGGACCUUCUCCGAUCUCCUCAUGAGGACUGACUCAGGGACUUCUGUCUUCCUCCUGUAGUCAGUGCUUUGGUUUUUGCUGAGAUUGAGUGAGAGUUUGUUAUUAAUGCACCAUUCACCAGAUUUUCAAUCGCCCUCCUGUGUGACAAUUUAUCACUGCCUUUGAUUUGGCCAACAUCAGUAAAUUUAAAUGUGACUUUGGAGUUAUACUUAGCCACACAAUCAUUGGUUUAAAGUGACCUUUUACCUGUUCAAUGAUUCUACCACUUAUUGACCCUCUCAUAGCAAUUUAGAGUGAUUUCAGACCCUGAUAAAAACCCACCUCUCUCAGUCAAUUGAACAGGAUACACAUCACUGUCUGUGUUAAGUUGGGUUUCAGCUAAAGGCAAGGGGCAACUUAGGAAUGUUGUGUUAGACGAUCAGGAUGAUGGAAUUGGGAGAAGGCUCUAGAGAAAACAGGGAAAAGAGAGAUUUGUGACAGACACUGGUGGGGUUUGUAGUCUUUUUGAUGGGAGAUUCAGUGAGGAUAUCAGGAAAGAUGGCUGUAGGAUUUGAUCUAAUGGGAAAAGGAGAUUUCAAGGAGUGCUCGUGAGAUGAAGGAGUCCAAGAUGGAAGUUCUGCCGGUGACUGGUGAUGAGAAGUCAGCACCAUGAGUAAUGGUCACACCCAACCUUUGGACAUAUGAGUUCCAACGCAUGUGCACAGUCCGAGUGGUUUAGUUGAAAUGAGCCCUGUUUUCCCUUUUUGUUUCCUCUUCAUCACUGUUUGAUAAAGCUGA